CCUGGUGCCGGUGGCCCCCCUCCCCCUCCCCCACCCCCACCUUUUCUUGGUGGCAUUCCUCCACCAUCAGGGGCAUUUAUCCCCGAUGCACCCAUCAUGCCACUCCAUGCUGGCAAUCUGUUAGGUUCAUAUGCUCCACCUAAGCGACAGGUUCACCGCCCAACAUUACGGAUGAAAAAGCUGAACUGGCAGAAAAUCCCUUCAAGGAUGGCUUCAGAGAGAAAUUCCUUAUGGUCAUCCAUCCCAAAACAUACUGAAGAACAUUUUGAUCUUGAUUAUGCCAGUAUUGAGCAACUCUUCAGCUUUCCAGUAUCAGAACCAAAACAGAAAGAACAAACUGUUAGCAAAAAGGAGCAGAAAGAGAUCACAUUUCUAGACUCCAGGAAAAGCCUUAACUUAAACAUAUUUUUAAAGCAGUUCAAAUGUUCUGAUGAAGAAGUGACAGAUAUGAUCAGGCGAGGGGACCGAUCUAAAUUCGAUGUAGAGAAUUUAAAGCAACUCAAGAAACUAAUGCCAGAGAAUCAUGAAAUAGAAAACAUAAAGGCCUACAAUGGAGAAAAAGAAAAAUUAGCAAGUGCCGACCACUUUUACCUUCUUCUCCUUGAUAUUCCUUGCUACCAGCUAAGGAUUGAUUGCAUGUUAUUGUGUGAAGAGGCUACUGUUACCCUUCAGUUGCUCCAACCAAAGGCAGAACUAAUUAAAACUGCUUGUCAAGAUCUUCGUUCUGCCAAAAGACUACCCCUCUUCUGUGACCUGAUUCUUAAAAUUGGAAACUUCCUUAACUAUGGCAGUCACACAGGAAAUGCGGAUGGAUUUAAAAUCAACACUCUACUAAAACUAACUGAAACAAAAGCAAACCGAUCCAGGAUUACAUUGCUCCAUCAUACAAUAGAGGAGAUUGAAAAGUCCCAUCCAGAUCUUCUGAAUCUUCCUGAAGAUCUAAAAAAUAUUUCGAAAGCAGGAGGCCUGAGCGUGGAUUCGCUUCAAUCGGAUACAGUCAACCUCUUAGAGCGUCUCAAGAUGAUUGGUAAUAAAGUCAAGUCAUCAGCAGAUGAUAUAAAAUUACUGUUUGAUAAACCUAUCCAGGAAAGUUUGUCUGAAACAAUUAAACUGAAGGAACUUCUGGAAGAUGUUGAGGCAGAGAGAAAGAAACUGGCCGAGUACUUCUGUGAUGAUAUUAGUAAAUUGUCACUAGAGGAACUAUUUCUAACCAUCAGAACCUUCAGAGAUUGUUUCCUUAAGGCCAUGAAGGAAAAUAAGCUCAGAAAAGAGCAGAUUGCAAAAGCAGAGAAGAGAAAACAAAAGCUUCAAGAAGAAGAAGAAGCUAAAAGACAAAAAGGAGAGAAUGGACAAGUUAUUCAUAAAUCAUCAAUAAAACAAGAGGAGGGAUGUAUUAUUGAUGCUCUUCUGUCAGACAUAAGGAAGGGUUUUCAGUUGAAGAAGACUGCCAGGAGCAGGUGCGAAACUUUGUCUGCUCCAAAAAGUUCUAUUACUGGGACACUUAAGAUGAAAAUAUCACUGGACCAAAGUUCCCCUUCUGCAGAAGACAAAGGAAAAGCAAUGGCUCCUCAAUCUACAACUAUAUCGCAUGUUUCAGAUGGUAUUUCUGAUCCCAUGAUGGAAGUUGACACCCAGCAACCACCUGAUGAAGAGGUGCCUGCUCAAAAAAAUAUGGUGCAAGAUACUAUGCAGCAGCUGUCUGUUGAACAAGUAUCCAACUCUGAAAAAAAUGAGACUGAAACUCUGUUAGGACAAGAGGCUGUGACUGAUCAAAAUACAAGUGAAGUAAAUAAAGAAAAUAUUUGCAAAGAAAACUCCAAACCUAAUUGUGAAAAACUAUUUGGAAAAGGUCAUGAACAGUUGAAACAAUGUCACAGUGAAGAUAAGGUCAAUAUAGCAGAUAAAGAGGAAGAAAAUUACUCAAUUAAUGCUACUGUAGAUGGGAAUCUACCUAAACUUGUUAAUGAAAUAAACUCCCUAAAUAAAGAUGUUGUUAAGCAUGUUGACCCUACACCUAGUGUGCCUGACUCAAUCACGAGUGUGGCCACUGCAAUGACAGUAUCACAAAAUGUGGACCAAAGCAUACCUGACACAAAUACGUCACAUUCAAAAUCAAAAGCCCAGCACACUGAUCAUACGUCACCUUCAAAAACACGUUCUUCCAGAUCUGCUUCAUGUUCAUCUUUACCAAAGUCAUCCACCAGAAACUCUGUAGAUGAGAAAAGCAAAAAAAUCAAAGGUGACCGUUCUGAAAAUAGGAGCAAUAAACCAAAAAAAACCUGUAUAUUGCACUGAGAAGAACUGAAGAAAAUGAAAAAGACGUUGAAACUAAUUCACAGAUGACUCUACUUCAAGACUGUGUAUCUAAAACAAAAUAAUGAAUUUGUUUAGAUAGACGACUAUGGAUGAUUUUAAAAGCAUAGUGAAAGCUUUUAAGAGAGAUUAAGAUAUUCAAUAUUACUGAAUAUAUGUCAUUUUUUCAGAAGUUAUUUAAAUUUAUGAUUAAAUUUGCAUUCUUUUUGUUACAUCUCAUCUAAAGUAGACAAAAACACUUUUCAGAUGCUUCCAAAAACCUGUAAAUUGAAUAUAAUUAAAAGAAAAAAUCUCAACUGAGUUGUGAUUACAUAGACGCUUCAAAUUCAAUUGGCGUUCUGUUAUUAUCAAUGAGUUAUAAUUUCUAUGUGCAAAUUGCCAUAUUCUAUUAUAGUCCUUGAUAAAAGAAGUGACAGAUACUUAACACAUAAUAUAAAUGCAACUUGGAUCUAGAAUCGUAACCCAAUACUGGAUAUGACCAGAGUGAAUUUUCCAGGAAGGUAGAGUUCAUCUAGGACUUGGUGCACGAUUUAUAGUCCAUAGGUUUGGGGUUGGCAUAAAACUAUAGCUGCUGCACAGUUGCAUUAGGCUUCUAAUGUAAAUGUAUAAAACAGGACAUAAAAGUAUGUUUUAUUGCCUGAAUGCAAACUGGAACAUAAAAUAUGACAGCAAUCUAACUGCUGAAAGCAUAAGUCAUAUUGCCAGCUGUAUUUAAUAUUCUGCACUUCUUGCUUUUUUAGCAAGGUAAAGAUUACACAAAAAAAGACAGUCGAGUGUUCAGUUAUAUGCAGGCAAAUGUGCUACACAUGCAAACAAUUUGUGAAUGCUUUGAAAACAAAAAUAAGUGUACAAUCUUGAUUUAGUUACUGUUUAUUCUGAAUCUCAUUUUGAACUUUCAAGUAUUAAAGGUUGACAUUAAUGAUCAAUUGAAAAGAUUUUUGUUUGUUUUUAAACAACUGUGUUAUUCUCUAAGCAUAAAAUUUCCAUUAUUUUAGUAGGGCAUUUUUCUUGAGUUUCUCCUCCAGUUUCAUAUAGCUGUUCAUGUUCUUUACAGAUCAACAAAAAGAUAGAACUUUGACAGACACAUGACUGUAUGAUUUUGUAAAAGAAGCCUUUAAAAUGGUAACUGGUUGCAGAUUAGAAUAUUUGUAUUCAAUGUUAAUGGGCACAAGAUAAAAUGUAAUAAGAGUAAGGUCAUAUUGUACCAACAAAUAAACAUUUUGUUAAAUAUUUAUGAAACUCUUUACACUUGUAUCGUGUACAUUUUUUAUAAGAUGUAACAGCUUUCCUGUAAGAAAAAAGAUCAACUCUUUAUAACAGAUAAACUGUGUGCCUAUAAUAAAAGUAUUAACAAAAUGCAAAUAUAA